AUGGAUUCUGAUACUGCGAUGACAGGCCAUGACGAUAAUAAUGGUGAAAUUGGAAUUGGUGAGAAUGGUGUUUCCAGACAAGAGAAGGAUAGUUCUGUAGUAGAUAAAAAGGACAAGAAUGGUAUUUCUAGUGUGCAAGCGGGUUUAGAAAGUCAACGAGGUACAAUUCGAGAGCUUGAGAAAAAAGUUUCUGAAAUUGAGUCUAUUUUACCUGAAACUGACGAAAUAAUUCAAAAGAGUAUUGAGUCAGUUGUGGUGACUUUGAAGAACUUAUCGCAUAACCAGCAAGUUUUGGAAACGAAAUUCGAGGACCUUUUAAAGAACCAGGUGAAUUCAGAUGCGGCCAUAAACGAUCUAUCCGUGGAGAUCAUCAAGAUCAACAGGUUGUUAUCCGAUAGGUUAACGAUGUCCGCGACAUCAGGUGCAUCGUCAGGGACGAUGGGAACUGCUGCGUAUGGAUCACCCGCAUAUAUGUCAUCUGCAAGCGUCUCUCCUCCUCAUAGGGGACCUGGUAGACCACCUAAGAAGAACACUUCGAUAUUGUCCAAUGGCGAUAAAAAGGCGAAAUUGCCAUUCCCAAGCGAUCAUAUAUCAAAAUCAAAACGUCUUUUCCUGGACCCAAGUAAAGAAAAGACGGAGUCCAACUCAGGUUAUGAUGCAGAUGGGGUUGGCAACAGUCGAUCUCGUAGUUCUGCUAACGUCAAGCAAGAGACUCCUCAGGAACCAAAGAAACGUAGAGGUAGACCUUCAAAGAAAAGCACAUGGGAAGCUCAACUCACUUCUUCACAAAGAAAGACAAAUGCUGCAGAUAAUGAUACCAAGGAAAGGCAAAGCUCUAGCUCUAGACGCAAAUCUCAAAGAUUGAAAAGUGGUUCGCGCCAAUAUGAUGAACAAUCGGAUCUUUCAUCAUCGUUUUCCGGUAUGUCUGAUAAUGAAGGGCAAGAUGAUGAGGGCGAUGUCACAGACGAUCAGAAACAGUUGGCUAAUGAUAUGCAUGACUCUCGUUCCAGAAAACAGAAGGAGCUCGAAAUGAAAAGAGAUGAAAGAGAAAGGAUGCUAGUCACCAUGAAAUAUAGCGAUCGUAACGUUACCAGGAAUUUCAUGGAACUCAACAAAGAUCUUUUCAUGGCCAUGAAACAAGAAGAACGGAAGAAAAGAAUGACAGCGGUGCCUUUCAGCGUUCCAGUACCGUUGGGUAAAUAUCAACUUUCAAGUAAACAUUUGGAAGAGUUAUCAAAAGUACCUUUCUCCCUGUCGCAAACAGCGGAGAAUUCUUCUGGUGCUCAAUCACCUUCGUCUAAUCCUCCAGACUCUGCUCGCUCUGUGACACCACAAACAAUUAUAUCAGCAUAUAACAAUUUGGAACAACCAGGCAAUGUAGGCUCAGUUUCUACGGCAAGUGCGGAUGAUGUUAACGGUCAAAAAUCGUCGUUACUGAAUUCUGAGCACAAGGAUCUGAACGGCUCUGUGAAAAGAACAUCUUCGGACAUCGGUGAUCGAUCUCAAAUGUCCAACGAAGCAGAGGGACCACGUAAGGUCAGAAUCUUGUCUAUCUUGAAUGAUGAUGCAUCUACUGGUGUAAAAACAGAAGAGAAUGGCUCGGCUAGACCUCAUCUGUUAGACAUGCCAAAUUCGACUCCUCAAGGAUCUGCAGACGCAUUACCAAGUUCUCAAUUAUCUGUUGAUUCGACAGAAAACUCGCAGGAUAACUUUUCCGUCACCACUUUACAAUCUGGUGGUGAAUCACCAAAUAAGAAAAGGCAUCUAACAUUGCAUGAUCGUCGAAAGAUGAGCAGGAUGAUUCCGAUGUUACCAGAAAAGAAAGAUAAAAGGGGAAGACCAAGCUCUAACAAUCAAUCCCAAGAAAAUGCAGCGUCUUUGUUAAUGUCAUCCCCUGUGGAACUUUACUGCCGUGAAGGUUUUUUUUAUAGAAAAGGUUCUACAAUUCCAAUCACAGCGGGAGAGUAUUUGGAUUUGAAGUUCAGACACAAAGAAGACGAAUUGAUUAAAUUAACAAUGCAUGAAGAAGAUUACGCCGAGUUAACAAGACAGGAUAGAAUCAACGCGUAUUUCCUUAAACCAGACGUUGAGAUUGAAACCUCAAUGGCUUGUCAAGUUUUGUCCAAUGUCAUAUUAACCGAGAGAUACGUCAAUUCAUUAGAAUAUUUCCUGAUGGAAUUCCGUUGGGAGAAUAGAUUGGUAAGUUUAGGUCUAAAGCUAAGAGAAUCUAAGAGAACUUGGCAAAGACGGAAAGCCUUAUUUGCAUUAUUUGAGUUUUGGAGAGACAAGUCGAAAGAUAAGAGAGGUUUCCACAAUUAUACAUUGUUGCAUGCAAUCAAAGAAAUGGAAAAUUACAGAGUCUUCAUCAAUAGGUCGGUUUCAUGGUUUUACAACCACAUUACCCUUUUAAAAAUGAUUCUUUUUGAUUUAUGUGAUAAUACGAAUACUCAUUGGAGAGAAUGGAUGUUCGCCAGAGGCACUGAACUACCGCUUGUUGGUAAAAAUGGCGUCGAUGUCAUGAAUAUUAAUAGAGAAAUCGAUAAUAUUUUGGUUCUUGAUUUCCUAGAAGAUGGUAGCAAAAAUUCAAACAAGAAAUCAAGUUCUAUUCCAUACAAAGAAAACAGUGAAGGCCCUCUAGAACAGCCUUAUGUUACGAAUGAUGUUCCCGCAGACAAGGGAACAAAGGAAUUACACACUGAGCAUGUCCAACAACAGUCAGAAACCCCAGUUCCGGAACUGGCUGGAAAUAGAACUGAAGAAAAUACAAACCAUGCUACUGGGGCGGUAGCUGUAAAUCAAGAUCAGCACUUACCUUCUUUACCGAAAGAUUCAGAAGAUGUGAACUCUACGCAAUGA